AAUAGCCAAACUAUCCCUCCUCCAGCAAACCAUCGAGUUCCAACAGCAAUUCCAAGCAAGUUUCUCAUCAAGCACACAAAAUCAUUUUCGUUUUCAGUCUUUCAUCGAGCAUCAAAUUCGUUCCGAGAAUGUCGAUCAUACCAAGCUUCUUCGGUGGCCGGCGAAGCAGCGUCUUCGACCCGUUUAGGGAUUUCCCCUUCCCCUCUUGUCCCGAAUUUUCUCGAGAAAAUUCGGGGUUUGUGAGCACCAGAAUCGACUGGAAGGAGACCCCAGAAGCCCACGUGUUCAAGGCCGAUUUUCCGGGGCUGAAGAAGGAGGAAGUGAAGGUUGAGAUCGAAGAUGACAGAGUCCUCCAGAUCAGCGGAGAGAGGAAUGUGGAGAAGGAAGACAAGAACGACACGUGGCAUAGGGUGGAGCGUAGCAGCGGGAAGUUCAUGAGGAGGUUGAGGUUGCCGGAGAAUGUGAAGAUGGAGGAGGUGAAGGCUUCCAUGGAGAAUGGGGUUCUUACAGUCACCGUUCCUAAGGAGGAGGUGAAGAAGCCUGAAGUUAAAGCAAUUGAAAUUUCUGGUUGAACUUGUAUCCGUUGGUUUGUUUUGGUCCUAAAAUAAAAUUGUUUGAUAAAUGUAAAACUGUUUGUUUACGAUAAAUAA